AUGCUACUGUUGUUAGUGGCUAACCUUAUCAUCCUGCCCGUCGCCAUCUCUUUCUUCAACGAUGACCUCAGCACACGGUGGAUAGCUUUCAACUGUCUGUCUGACACCAUAUUUCUAAUAGAUAUCGUUGUUAAUUUUAGAACAGGAAUAAUGCAGCAAGAUAAUGCAGAGCAAGUGAUAUUAGAUCCAAAGUUAAUCGCAAAGCACUAUUUGAGGACAUGGUUCUUCCUUGACCUCAUCUCUAGUAUACCACUAGAUUAUAUAUUCCUUAUCUUCAACCAGGUAAACGACUUUAGCGAAAGCUUUCAAAUUCUUCACGCCGGUCGUGCCCUAAGGAUACUACGGUUAGCUAAACUUUUAUCACUGGUUCGACUGCUCAGACUUUCCAGACUCGUCCGAUAUGUCUCGCAAUGGGAGGAAGUAUAUUUAGUAGAAAUUCCUAAUGACUUACCAUUGGAGUUUUAUGUAAUCCUCAACUGUACCAUUGUCCCCACCCUCCACUGUAUGAGCCCCACGUCCCGCUCUGCACUUCUCUACUGCUUCUCUGCAAGCUUCUUUCUGCCUGAGCACGCUCUCACU